AUGCUUGCAUCAUUAAACUCUCAGCAGUAUGAGGCAGUGACUGCAGAUAUUCAUAAGCCAUUGCAAAUAAUUGCUGGACCUGGAACUGGGAAGACCAAAGUUUUGACCUCACGCGUAGCUUAUCUUUUGAUAGAGCACAAGAUCCCUCCUUCGAAUAUUAUUGUCACAACCUUUACAAAGAAGGCAGCCAACGAGAUGGUAGAAAGACUGCAGGUUCUAUUUGCAAAAGAGAACCUUGAUCCCGACAAAUAUCUAAAAGGUCUCUUGAUAGGCACUUUUCAUUCAAUUUGUGUCAAGUUAUUGAGAAGAUAUGGAACCCAAAUUGGGUUGACUCCCAAGUUUAAAAUAGCCGAUGAACGGGAUUCUAACACUAUUUUAAGCAAAAUUUUGACCACCUUGUCAGAUGAUGUUGUUAGAUUAAAAUUUCAUCCAUCUUCUGUUUCAGUUGACAUCUAUCAAAAGGAUCCCAAAGAGACUGAUAAAUUGCAUGGAUAUGAUCUGAAAAAGGCAAAAUCGCAGAUCUCCAAACUUAAAUCGUUGACUACCACGCCGCAGACAUAUAGUACUACUUCUGCAAGAUCAUUUGAUCUUGCUGUGAUUUACUCUUUAUACCAGGAGAGUCUACGAAAGCAUAAUCUUAUUGACUUUGAUGAUUGUCUCUUGUACACUUAUUUGCUUCUUUCAGAGACAAGAAAAAAGGGACGCGUUUUACUAAAGGAACUGAAGCACGUCCUGGUAGAUGAAUUUCAAGACACGAACAAAAUUCAAAUGGAGCUGCUCUAUCUUCUAGGACAGUGCACUGAUGAUCAAAAUUUUGAGGACAAUGUCACGGUUGUGGGAGACUCUGAUCAAAGUAUCUACAUGUUUCGAAACGCAGUGGCUUCAAAUUUUGAAAACAUGAUCAUUCACUAUCAAAACUGUCAGGAAAUAACCUUGAAGGAGAACUAUAGAUCGACUUCUAAUAUCCUUAAUUUUUCUGAGCAGAUCAUGACCCAACAGAAAGACAGGAAACAAAAGUCAUUAAGAUCACAAAUUUCACAUCUAAAUAUCCCGAUUGUUUAUGUGAGGACUCAGAAUACCUUCAAAGAAGCAGACCACAUAGCUUCAGAAGUAGCUAAGCUUGGAUUAAUGUCCGGUCUAUUAACCAGCUAUAACGAUAUUGCUAUCCUUUUACGUUCUUCUUUUCAGUCUCGUGUCAUCGAACAGAGUUUGGUGACCAAUCGCAUACCUUAUGAAGUCGUACAUGGAAGAGCAUUCUGGGAACUAAAGGAAAUUCGUGUAGCAAUGGACUAUUUGAGAGCAAUUGUUAACAAUUCAGACAACCUGGCCAUUCUCCGGACUUUGAACUUCCCCCCAAGAGGAGUAGGAAACAAAACUCUACAAAGACUAGAAGAAUUGAUUGACAAGUCCGAUUGUCCUGUCAUCGAAACCCUUGAAAUGGCAAUACAUGACAAGAAGAAUGGAUUUUUGAAUGUGAAAUCCGAAAGUGGAGUGAGACAAUAUAUAGACAUUCUAAAGGAAUGUGGUAGACUACUAGAUUCUACAUCUUUAGAUUGCGAAGCAAGUUUGGAAGCCUGUUUUGAUCAAAUUGUCCAACUAGCAAACUUGAAAGAGAUUAAGAAAACGCCUGAGACUUCAAAGGGAACUCAUGAUUCAGAAAAUGCCCUCAAAGCUGUAGAGGAAAACUUGAAUGAGUUCAAGCGACAAUUAAUAGAGUAUAAGCCAAUCAUUGACCAGAUCAUUACUGCAGAAGCUGGUGAUACUCCGCUCACUACUAGGGAUGUCCUUUCCAGCUUUUUGGAUUCAAUCGACUUGUAUGAAACAUCGAACAACGAGAACAAAAAAGAUUCAAAAAAGGGAAGAGUGACGAUAUCUACAAUUCAUGGUGCGAAGGGUUUGGAAUGGCCGGUAGUAUUUAUUCCAGGUUGCACCGACGGUGUUAUUCCCUCCAAAUGGACUUUAGAAGAUGAUGGUCCCGAUUCGUCUACAAAUUUGGACGAAGAUAGACGAUGUUUUUAUGUUGCACUAACAAGAGCAAAAUCAAUGCUAUAUUUAUCAUCAUACAAAGAGAGAUCAACCCCCUGGAGUGGAGAAGAAUCAAAUGAAGUAUCGUGCUUUUUAAAACCAACCCUUAAAAUGUUUCAAAAUCAGCUGGUUACUUCAAUCAGCAACAUGUCCAAAAACUCUUGGAGGGAUCUGUACGAAGCAAUGGGUAAAGAGUACAAGCCAGUGUCAAAUAUUUUAACAGAAUCAAACAGAUCAAGAAAUCACAUCGUCUCAACCAAAGAUUUUCUCAAAAAUAAGCAAUUCAAAUCACCUUUGCUAACUAAAAGCACCACAGCGCCAUCAUAUGUACCUGACAGAUCAAAUAACAAAAAGAGAAGACUAGGAGUCAGAAGGCGAAUAUAA